AUGGAAUGGCCUUCGUUUUCGGACGCGUACGAGAAGCUCGUCAGGCGGAUGAACACCCCCAGGUUUGCGCCGGGACUUCAGCUGCCUUUGCCUGGUUUAUCCUCGCCUUCUGCGUGAUUCGGCCUCUUGUUGAGAGGAUUUCCCACCUUGAUCGUGUGAGAUCUCGUUGAAAUCUCCAUGGAUUUGAGCCGCUGCCGCCAUGGCUUUUCUCCGACAGUUUGGGGUGCCAGUUUCCCUCAUUCGUUCGCCGCGGGGGACUUGGAUCCCCCUCAUUCCCUCUUCCCCCCUCAUCUUCCUGGCUUUCUCAACGCUUUGGUUUGCUUCGCUCUUUCUUCCUGCAGAGUCGUGGUCGACAAUGACGUAUGCCCUACUGCGACGCUGAUCAAGGUCGACAGUGCCCGGAAACGCGGUAUUCUGCUUGAAGCCGUCCAGAUCCUGAUCGAUCUCAAUCUUACCAUCAAGAAGGCUUACAUAUCUUCGGACGGACGGUGGUUCAUGGACGUCUUCCACGUUACAGACCAGUUUGGCGAGAAGAUCACCGACGAGAGGAGUCUCUCUUACAUCCAGCAGGUACCUAACAAAUGAUACCAACCAGAAGUGGUCUACAGUUCUGCAAAUGGUUUUUCGCCUUCUCAUGAGAUCGAAAGGCAGGUCCCUUAAUUAACGCUUCAUCUUCUUCGAUUCCAGUCUCUUAGCGCCGGAAAUGAUUCAAGACCUGGCUGCUCAGACGACUUGACGGUGCUGGAAUUGGCAGGCACUGAUCGCCCCGGCCUCCUCUCUGAGGUCUUCGCGGUGCUCACCGAGAUGCAAUGCAGCGUGGUGGAGGCCAAGGUCUGGACGCACAACGGCCGCAUCGCCUCCCUGAUCCAGGUCAAGGACGAGGACUCAGGCUCCUCUUUGGUAGAUUCUCAGAGGAUCCACUUCCUCGAGGGCCGCCUCAGCAACGUCGUCAGGGGGGACGCCGACGACGCCCUCGCCUCUGCCCGGAUCACCGCCGUCUCGGCCACCUCCGUCACGCACGCCGAUCGUCGUCUCCACCAGAUCAUGUCGGCGCACCGUGACUACGAGCAGACGACGACGGAGAACCACUCGGGUUCUCAGUCUGCUCCGUCGAUCUCCGUCCAGAAUUGGAUCGACCGUGGGUAUUCCAUCGUGAACGUGCAGUGCCGGGAUCGGCCGAAACUGCUGUUUGACAUCGUCUGCACGCUGACGGAUAUGGAGUACGUCGUGUUCCACGGUACGAUCGACACAGGCGGGGAUCGAGCUCAUCAAGUAAGAAGAUCUUGCGUACUGCCACACAGAUCUGCUUGAUAUCUUGUUCGAAAUACCCUCCAGAUUACAUCUGACUCAUCUACCGGACGGACGAUUAUCCCCAGGAAUUCUACAUCCGGCAUGCCGACGGGAGCCCCAUCAGCUCGGAGGCAGAAAGGCAGCGCGUGAUCCUGUGCUUGCAAGCCGCAAUCGAGCGGAGGGCAUCCGAUGUACGUUCCCUCGCAUCUACCAUCGUUAAUCCGUACUUGUUAACCCUGAUUAGCGGGGAUGAUUUCUUUCCUUGAAGAUGCUCUUCUCUGACCGGCGGCGCUGUCUCGUACCAGGGAGUGAGGCUGGAGCUCUGCACGGUGGACAGGCGGGGCCUCCUGUCGGAGGUCACCCGGACCUUCCGGGAGAACGGGCUAUCGGUGACGAGGGCGGAGGCCUCCACCAAGGGCGGGAUGGCCUGCAACGUGUUCUACGUCACCGACUCCUCGGGGCUUCCUGCGGACCCCAAGCUGAUCGAGGCCGUCCAGCAGCGGAUCGGCCUGGAGAGCCUCAAGGUGCAGGAGAUGCCGCCGGCGACGGCCGAGCAUCGGAAGCCGAGCUGGUCGUCGGGACCGAGGGAGGAGAGCAGUGGGGCCGCAGGCCUCUUCUACCUGGGGAGUCUGGUCAAGAGGAAUCUCUACAACCUGGGGCUCAUCAGAUCCUGCUCUUAG